AUACUUCCCUGGAGAAUUGUAAGAUAACUCUAUUACUAUCUAAUCCAAAAACAUGAUCAAUACCGCAUUUAGAAAUGAAGCUACCUGCUUACAUGAAACGUUUACAAUCUAAUCAAACAGAUAAUAAUAUGAGUCUGGGAGAUUACAACACAGGAGACGAUCAUGCUGAACUGGGAGUUCCAGGGUUCAGGAUCUUCGGGAGUUCCGAGGCUAGAAACCAUCCUGAGAGUUCGAACUACCUGUGCAGAGUUCAAGAGAGUUCUCCCGAGAGUUCUAGUUUCUCGUUGAGAGUCAGAGAGGAUUCUAAUUCACCGGUUGACCUCAUGUGUGUGGGGAACUCGAGAACUCGGGAGCUCGAGAUCUCGAGAACUCGGGAAUUUGAGAGUUCGAGAAAUAGGGAACUUGAGAACUCGAGGAAUCGGGAACUAGUGGAUUCCAGAACUCGGGAGAUUGAGAACUCGAGAACCCAAGAGUUUAAGACCUCGAGAACCCAGGAGUUUGAGACCUCGAGAACUCAGGAACUUGAGAACUCGAGACCUCGUGAACUUGAGAGCUCCAGAGCUCGAGAGUUCGAGAACUCCAGAACUGAGAUCUGCGAGUUCCGGGAACCGAUUUCGUUGUUAGAGAGAAAUAAGGACAGGGGAAGGAGGUGUUCCGAGAGCUCUGGGAGUUCUAGAAAGUUCUCGAUCGACAGCAUACUGGGGAGAAGAGAGAGGAACUCUCCUGAACCGGAGUUCAGCGAGGGUGCAGAGAGAAGGGAAACUAGUUCUUGUGGAGGUGGUACUUCUAUGUAUAAUACGGACGAUAAUCGGGUAUCACCUGCGGCUGGGGUUUCGUCUACAUAUUCUGAUGCAGGAAUCGAUUAUGCUGGUUUAUCGUAUUCAGCAUCCCUACUGUAUGGGGGUUGGUUUGCAGCGGCAGCUGCUUCUAAAAACUCUGCCCAAAUUUUCGGACUACAGGCUCCAAAACCGGUGGGUAGACGAUCUCGAAAGCCAGGAAUGGAUAGAAAGCCCAGACAAGCCUAUAGUGCGAAGCAACUGGAGAGACUGGAAGCUGAGUUCAAAUCGGACAAAUACCUAAGCGUGAGCAAGCGCAUGGAGCUCUCAAAAGCUUUGAACCUGACCGAAGUCCAGAUCAAAACUUGGUUCCAAAAUCGUCGCACAAAAUGGAAGAAACAGCUGGCUUCACGACUCAAAAUGGCGCACCGUCAGGGCACACCACUCUACUUUCCCCCUCAUCAGUACUCGGCGCUUUUCCAGCAAAGUAACCCCUACUAUAUGACGUCACCAUCUUUAAACUGUGUGACGUCACCAACCUUGAACUGUGUGACGUCACAGCCCUUGAACUGUGCGGCAUUUAGUGGUGAAGAUAACGGACCCUUGGACCCUUUACAAACGUCUAGGGCCCUUGCAAUACAGCCCAUGAUACCUGUGUCUCCAGAAUCUAGGGAUGAGAGUGAUACUUUGCAACUUUAGAUGUUUGGAUGAGAUAAGUCGUAUUUCCACAAUAAGAUACAGUAUCAUCUCAACUUGAUACACAACAUCAUAAUUUGGUACAGAACUUAAACUGAAAGAAAUUUGACAACAGUGCGGUGUUGUGGAAGGAUAGAGCUAUCUUCUUUGUUCAAUGACAAACUCAAAUUUGAUUAUCUGACUUGAAUUGUAUCUAUUUUACUGGUUAUAAAACUCUUUCGAAGUAUGAAUAUAAAGAAAAUAAAAAUCUCAGUACCCUUUUUUUGAAGGAUACUUCUUUCGAAGUACUAUAGCGAUCUAUUGAACUGGUUUCAAAGCUCUUUAUAUCGGUAUGAAACCAUAGAGAGAAGAUAGCACAAGUAGGUAUCCUAUGAUAUAGGGCGUUUGUGUCCCAAUUUUCACUCAAACCUAUAGUGUGGUCCACGUUAUAAUGGCAGUGGAGAAAGAUUGGAGAAAAACGUUGCCGAUCCUCAGUCUUAUCAAUGCCUUCUAUAGAAUGUAGCU